AUGGCCGACGAGCAAAAAGUCGACAUCUUCAUCUCCGGAGCCGGCCCCGUCGGCCUCCUCCUCACCUACCAACUCCUCCGCCUCAACCUCACCACCCACCUCGUCGACGCCGCCGACAAAGCAUCCCCCGCCUUCCCCAUGCUCGGCCGCGCCAGCACGCUCUACCCCCGCACCCUCGAAUUGCUGGACCAACUGGAUCUCUACGACGACCUGGCGCAAGUCGGGCUGGUCGCUCGCCGCGCCGUGACUUUCAAGGAAGGCAAGCGCGUCCAUGGGCGCGGGUGGACGCAGUUUGAGAAUUUCACCGAUACGUAUUUUGAUUUCUCGUUGAAUGUUCGGUUGAAGUAUAGUGAGGAUAUUUUUCGGAGGCGGAUUGGGGAGUUGGGGGGCGAGGUGCAUGCGCCGGUGAGGUUGGUAGGGUUGGAGCUGGAUGAGGAUGCCAAGGACGAUUAUAAGGUGACUGCCACUUGCUCGACGUUGGAUGGUAAGACGUAUCGGGUUAAGGCAAAGUACAUUGUUGGUUGUGAUGGUGGUAGCAGCGCGGUGCGCAAACUCGCAGGCAUCCCCUUCGAAGGCGAAGAUAAGGAAGACCAUUGGGUGCGCAUCGAUGGGAAGGUGAAGACGAACAUGCCAGACUCCAGGGUCGGCUUCGGUGCGCUCGAAUCCAAGACCCACGGUAACGUCCUGUUCGUGGCGCUUGACCAUGGUGCAACACGGAUCGGCUAUGUCCUCAGUCCGGAGAUGUACGAACGGUACGGCCGGAAGAUGUCGAAGGAGGAUGCGAUCAGGGAGGCCAAAGCGGCGGUUGCGCCAUUUGAGCUUGAGUUCGAGACGGUGGAAUGGCACACCGUGUAUGGCGUGAAGCAGCACGUAGCAGCAAGGCUGCAGGACCGCGAGAGGAUCUUUCUGGCUGGUGAUGCUGCUCACACUCACUCAUCAGGCUCAGCCCAAGGAAUGAACACAGGAACCCACGACGCCGUAAGCCUAGGCUGGCGACUCGCCGGCGUGCUCAACGGAUGGUACACCCCAGAGGUCCUAGCCACAUACACCACCGAGCGCAAAGCGACCGCGGAGCAACUGAUCGAGAACGACCGCACAAUCUCCGCGCUCAUCUCUCAGCAUAAACCGGGCAAGUACAAGGACCGCGAGGAGGACACUAACACGCUGCUAGUGGAGUUUAUGCAAAGUGUUGGUGGGUUUAGCAGUGGUCUCGGCAUCGAAUAUGCAGCCAACAUCCUUAACAACGUCGAGGGCUCAUCUCCGCCGUGGCUCAAACCUGGACAACGCUUUCCGGACGUAUCCUUGCAGAAGAACGGCCUCCCACGCCACCCUGUCCGCUUCUACGACGUAUGCAAGAACGAAGGGAAGUUUCAUGUGGUUGUCUUCACCGGCGAUGUGCACAGCACUGGCGCCAGCUUGAAGUCACUGCGUGGCCACGUGGAUAAAUUGACGCCGCAGUUCGCGCAUGCCGUCGACUUCAGAACUGUGGUGAUGGGUCAGGGGAUACCGUUGGCGUUCGAAGAGUACCUGGGCGUCAAGCAGUUCGGCGAUGCGUACUGGGAUAUGGACCAUUCAGCGCACACCCGGUACAAGGUAUCUCCCGAUGCUGGUGAGAUCGUAGUAUUGCGACCAGAUGGUAUCCUUGGAUUUGUCGCCGAGCUGGACGGCUUCGAGCUAGUGGCGGAGUACUUGGGCCGACUGAUCGUGCCCCGGCGCGCCGAAAUGAAUGGGACAAACGGCGUCAACUACCAAGUUGGCGAGCAUGUCGGGUUAGAUGAGAACAAUCUCUACUACCAGCAGGCGCAGGAGCAGGCGGAGCAGCAGGGUCUCCCGGAGAGUACUGAGUCCGGCGCCAUAGCUGUGCACUGA